GCUCUGGCUGGCUCUGUCAAAGCAAGCUGCCAUUUUCGAGUAGGGACAUAGAGAAGACGCCUCCUACAGAAAACAUAUUUGAAUCCAGUUUUACCAAGACCAUCGGGCGUCGAAGACAUUCAUUCUCUAGUGCAAAACAAUCUAGAGUGACAGCAGAGAAUGGCCGAAACGGAUAAAUUGAAUAUCGACAACAUUAUAGGCCGACUUUUAGAAGUUCGCGGAGCUCGUCCUGGGAAAAAUGUGCAGUUGACGGAGGCGGAGAUCAGAGGACUCUGUUUGAAGUCCCGAGAAAUUUUCCUGUCCCAGCCCAUCCUCUUAGAAUUAGAAGCACCACUCAAAAUAUGCGGCGACAUUCACGGCCAGUACUACGACCUUCUGCGUCUCUUCGAGUACGGAGGCUUUCCUCCCGAGUCGAACUACCUCUUCCUUGGCGACUACGUGGACCGAGGGAAGCAGAGUCUAGAGACGAUCUGCCUGUUGCUGGCCUACAAGAUUAAGUACCCCGAGAACUUUUUCCUGCUGCGAGGCAACCACGAGUGCGCCUCGAUCAACAGGAUAUACGGCUUCUAUGAUGAAUGCAAGCGCCGGUACAACAUCAAGCUGUGGAAGACAUUCACCGACUGCUUCAACUGCUUGCCGGUGGCGGCCAUCGUCGAUGAGAAGAUCUUCUGCUGCCACGGCGGCCUCAGCCCCGAUCUGCAGAGCAUGGAGCAGAUUCGCCGCAUCAUGCGGCCCACAGACGUGCCCGACCAGGGCCUCCUGUGCGACCUCCUGUGGUCAGACCCCGACAAGGAUACCAUGGGCUGGGGCGAGAACGACAGGGGUGUGAGCUUCACCUUCGGCGCCGAGGUUGUCGGCAAAUUCCUCCACAAACACGACUUUGACCUCAUCUGCAGAGCGCAUCAGGUCGUUGAAGAUGGAUACGAAUUCUUUGCGAAGAGACAGCUGGUGACGCUGUUCUCAGCCCCCAACUACUGCGGCGAGUUUGACAACGCCGGUGCAAUGAUGUCCGUCGAUGAGACAUUAAUGUGCUCCUUCCAGAUUCUCAAGCCUGCUGACAAGCGGAAAUUCACUUACGGAGGCCUCAACACUGGCAGGCCAGUCACACCACCGAGAGGCGCCACCAAUAAAGCAAAGAAGAAGUGAGAAGAUUCAAGUUGAGCGCGCGCGAAUUUAUUUUUUAUCUCCCGCAUUACGACCAUCUGAAAAAAGAGAUCUCUGAUCCACUCUCACCAAGAAGUAACAACACACGUAAACCCACACUCGAACACCCUUCCUCCCCAUACCCGAGCCGCCCCGAGUAAUAUAUCACAAAAAUAAAUUUGCAAUCUUGUUUCCGUGACUGAGCAUUUCUCUGGCAAGCGGAUGAUUGAGGGGACAAACGAAACAAUUAUUCAAGCCAAACAAACAAACAAACCACCCAGCGAUGUAAAAACGUGUAAAGUGAAGAGCAUUUUUGUCUUGUAACUACUUAUGGAUUCUAUUAUAUUUGUGCGAUAAAGGACCUGAUGUAGCCGGAUUAGAGCGGAGGUCGAACCUCCACGUGUGACGUCCGCUCGCCAGGGCCGUCGCGGCGCGGCAAUGCCGGUCUGUCGUCCCUAAAAGAACUGUGAUACUUGAGCGGAGCACUCCGCUCUUGGGGGGCGCAGAAGUAGCACUUUGGAAACACGUCAUCGGCCCGACUUUUUCGUUUCGGCGACGGCCGAUCGCAUUGCCCAGCCUGACGGCCUCAACCCAGCGGUAGUGAAGAUAGAGCACGCGUUGAAUUAAAAACAAAUGUACCGAAAAACUGGUGAGGCCAUUCUUUUCUUUGUUCAUCAUCAUCACAAAUCACACACAAAACACGCAAUUUAAUUAAUGUUCACGCAAAUCGUAAUCUUAAGGUGGGAAUGAAUGUCUACAUCAAUUUGCCAGUCUGGCGCAAAAAAUGAAUUCUUAUGUUUAGUUGAUACCGACGUAGGAGUUAUUAUAAAAGUGGAAAGUAAAACAAACAACCGAACGACCCCUGUAAUCAUUCUAUACGAUAUGUACUUCUGGCAGCACUUCUUCUCUACUUCGUGUCUUGCGCUUAUCUUUGUUGGAACGUUUAUUGUAAUUAUCAAGGAAAGAAAAAAGAUGAAGCUCAACUUAAACCUCAAAUAACCGAAUUAUCAUGUCAAGGUAAGCACAAUUUUGUUGAGAAAAAGAGAAAUGGCAAAAAAUGGAAAUUGCUGGUUGAUGAUUUCUACUACAAACUAGACGGUAGAAAACUGAAACGUUGCUCUGCAAGUUGUGUUGCUUUUUGCUAGGCCGAGGACGAGCCGACCAACUGACUUGAAAGAACGGGACAGCAUAGUAGCUUUUCACGCUAUGGACAAGGGAACUCGCUCUUGAGUUAGUCCGCUCUAACCAGGGGACCGUCAAGAGCCAGAUCAGACUUUAUGUUAUAUUGCUUAAAAUAAUUUACGCCACAGCUGUAACCAUUUUUCUUUAUUAUUCCUUGAGCACGGCGCUCGAGUAUUUAUUUUACGACUUUGUGUUUCAUCCUGAUCUCCACCACGUCACCGCAGGGGAGAUCGAUUUUGACUCAUCUUUUUACCGGCCCCUGGGUUCCCUGGUUGAGUGGGACGAGCGAUACAGGAUAAAUCCAUCCAAAAAUCAAUUGAUUUAUUUUUAAUUUAUCUUCUAUCCGUGUAAGGUGCAUUAAACGGUAAAUUGAUGCAAUGUAAAUAAUGAAACUAAAACGAUGUGCACCACGAAAAGAAUAAAAAGGAGAUCCAGCAAGAUAUAUAAGUGCCCCCAUUCUUCGUUCUGUAAUUCUUUCAAAUCUCCUCUUUUUGUUCAUGUAGUUUUAUCUCCGAAAAGAAAAAUGAAAAGAUAAAUAAACUGUACAAGAAGAUAAAAA